AUGACUGCCGAGGGUGAAACCAAAGAUCAAACAUUUGCAAUACCCCCAAAUUCAAUGGAUAAUGAAGACAUUACAUUCAAUUUUUUUUGCGAUAUAGUUAAGCAAUUAAUUUUAAAACGUAAUGAUAUCGGAGAUGCUAGUGUAUUAGCAAGCUGGUUGAAAGCGUUGGAACAAAAUAAUAAUAAAAUUGUACGAAAUGAAUAUAUAAAACUUAUGACGCUGGCAUUGCAAUAUACAGAACCAAUAUGUCCAUUUAAAGACCCUCCUCCCAAAACAAUUGAUCCCUUGGAAAAUGGAGUAAUCGAAAUGGCGAGGAAAUUCUUAAAGAAAGAAAGCACUGCGACAUGUAUCGGAGAUAACGAAAAAGAUUUGAAGUUUACUUAUCCGACAAUUAGCACAGCGAUGUCCAACGACAAAUGCCAAUAUGCUUCAUAUCAAAUUAUACCGAACGUUGGAGUCCAGUGUUAUUACGCUUUUUCGGACGAACCAAUGUAUAAUUGGACUCAAUCAUCACAAAUAAUAGUCCCUAAAAAUGGUCCACACGCCACGAACAUUGAUUGGGAAAGAUCACUAGCGGGUAUUCAAUCCAAAUUGUACAAAACGAGCACAGACAAAGUGCAAUUUCCAGAAGACCAAAAAAAUGCAACUGCUAAAGAUGAAGAAAGCGAAGACAAGUCAUUAGUUUCUGGCAGUAGAGUAUCUACGAAAAAGCCAGAUAGUUUAAAAGAAAACGAGCAACAUACUCCAGAUCUUUGUAAUGUUAUGUACAUAGAACAACAAAACCGAAAUGUGACCGAAGUAUUCGAAUGGAAUGAUGCUAGCUUAUUAACAGGAGAUAUAAUACUUGGCGCAGAAAUGUGUUCCGACCGCAAAGUUGAUGCUCAAUUUAAGACACAAAUAGAACUCGACAAAGAAGCAUUUAAUGCUUACGACAAACUUUAUCCCGGCGAUUUCAUGAUUGGCGUAGAUCAGUCGAUUAUCAACGACGUAAUUCCAAUCAAAACAAACGUUGUUACGGAAGCCGGCGAUAAAAAAGCGAUCGAMGACGAAGAACAACAACAAAAGCAUCAGCCAUUGGCUCAUGACGGCGGCGGUGGUUGCGGCGGUGCGAGGAAAAAGCAACGCGAGUGUCCGCGGCCGAAAUUGUGCACGAUACGGCAGAGCGCAGGCCACGAGAGCGUCAAAUCGCCGGCCGAAGAACGUAGUCGGACCGUUGUCGAGAAGUCACCGUUGGACCAUCAUCGUCAACGGAUUUCCGAACUGACGCUCAAACUGGCCGCGCUGAAUUCCCCCGUCGACGGCCGCACCGGCAGCAACAACACGAUGAGCCGCGACACGUUCGACGAACCGCCGGCKAGACGCUCGGCCGCGAUGGACGACUAUCGCGUCACGUCGUCGUCGUCCGGACGUCGUGGUCGGGGCGGCGACGACGACUGCGGCCGCGGUGGUGCUGGCGCGAGACCGGCGCGGACCACCGAUUCGCGCGCCGAACGGCAGUUGGACAGCAGCGACUUGCUGCUCAAAAGGUCGGAACUCCGGAGCAUGCUCGACUUCACCAGCGAGUGUUUCGAGGAGGUGAGCUCAAUGCUACGGAGCCCGCGCAACGACCCAAAGAGCACGAUAAGCCUGGCUCAGUUGUACGGAAGAUCAGCGAAUAGUCAUGACGACGUCGCGUAA